GAAGCGGUGGCGUGCCCUGUGCAAAUCUCAAAGCUCUGUACAAGCCAGAACAAGCCUUCGCAGCUUGGCCAGCGGGGCCUGGCUUGAUCCUCCAGGCGGGCCUGGAGGAGACGUCCCUUGUGGCACAGAACAUCUUGGUGAUCUCCUCUGUGGGCCCCGCCAUCACCCUGACAACGAGGGGUGCGGCGGCUGCCAACAACACGGAGUCCUUGACGGUGCAUCACAACCAAGUGGUCUCACCACGACGGUCCGCCGUGGGCCUGCCCUUCUUGCGACAGACCGUGGCUUUCAAGAUCAUGACCGGAACUGCUGCCUACCGUCACAACUUCGCCACAAAAGCAGAGGCAUGUUUCAGCUUCGAGCCCAGAGAGGACUCGGAGCUCGUCCCUCGAAGCCCACAUUUGGUGGGCCGGCAAUCUUCCCGGUGGUCGUUGGUGGCCUUCGAGGGAAACGCCGCGCAUGACUGCUUAUAUGGCCUGCGAGUCCCGCAAGAGCUGCGUCAAGGCAACUCUCAGGUCUUUACCGACUUCACGGUCUUUGCCAGUCAGUAUGCCUAUUACGUCCGUGCCUGCGACCGCUGCCGUCUGGUGAACUCCGCGUGGGUGGAGACGACGGCUGGCGUCUACGAUGAGGACUCUGCACCUGUGGUCACUGAUGACCCAUGGAUUGAGAACGUGACUGCCGUGGGUACUCGCUUCCUGCCGCAGUGGGCCAGCGUAGCCAUGGAGCCGCAGAUUACACUCAGUGCACGAGAAGGACGACAUCUUCGCAACAUCACCUUCUUCCUCUUCGGGAGCAGCCCUUGCUUGCAUGGGGGCGAGUAUCCGGUGACGAUCCGUGUGGAGAAGCUCCGCUUCUAUCGGAGCCUCGUCGAGGUUUACACGGCGGGCGCAGCUGGGUAUGGGAUUUUUUCCGACCUGGAUGGCUCGCUUUCCGGAUAUGCAGGAGGCGAGGAAACAGAAAAGUUCAAGAUGUUGCAUGACAUCAUUUCUAAGAGUUCAAGGCGACCACGGGUUGGUGUUUUUCGCAUUCCUGAGUAG